AUGGACACCAAUGUCAUCUCGUUAUUACAUCAGCUCACGGCGAACCCGCAGAUGGUAAAUCAGCUACAGGGCUUCCUCUCACUUAUCAGCAACAAUAGUGGCCAUAGUGGCGUUGUCAAUAAUCGGAUUACUUCUGUCAGAGAAGAUGACCAAAGUCAUACUCAACCAGCAAGCAAGCAUCUUCAUAACGCUACCAAUACCAGCUAUAGCAACGGCACUCUCGUAUCUUCUCCGCAAGAUGUGCUAUGUUCGAGCUCGAGAGUAUCGUCGCCCUCUACUAAUCUAAUGCAACAUAAACAGUCCCCCGUAGUUCUAGCAGAUACUAAUGUAAGGAUGUGCAACGGAACGCAAUAUCAGGGGAAGAUCCCCGUUCAACAACCUUCGAAACCGGCGAUGGUCCCCGAAUCCGCGUUGAAAGAUGCAGAAGACAAAGUCAAGGAGCAAGAGAAAAUUGCGUCUGCAUCUAAGCAGCGCGUCAAGGAAGCUGAGGCACAACUGCACCGUCUUUCGCAGCGUCUUGACGAACUUGCUGAGGUUGUGCAAGACCAGCGCAAGGAGCUGCAUGAUGUGAAGGAAAAGCACCAGCUUGAGAUCGAUGAACUGAAGCACACCUAUGAUGCUGUUCUGAGGCGCAAAGACGAGGUCCACCAGGAAAGCCUGAGACAAGUCAUCAAGUCGCGCGACCUGUUUGCUGCUGCCAAGGUUUUCGAGCAAAAUGUCAAAAUGGAAAACCACGGAGGCGGUGGGCUUCGCACCUCUACGACACCCGUUAGCACCCACGCAUCCGGUGACGCGGCCCGUGGUGGUGGCAUUAGAUCCGGUGCCAAACGCGAGCGCCCAGAGCGUGCUGAAGGGAUGAAUAUAGGCAGAGACAAUCUGAAGAAAACAGCUUUGGAGCGCGGUGCAGAGCCUUCAAAGAGUGGCUAUCACGACGGAGUGACGGCCUACACGUAUCUUGACGGGACAAACCAUGAGGACGGGGAGAGGUCCAAGCGGCAGACGACAUUCGCUGCAGAUCGCAGACCAGCCCCGCCCAACUCUGCGCCUGCUCCAACGCGCGGAGCGCGAAUAGAGGCGGAAAGGCGGAUGGUAGACUCAAACAACAGCAAAUUGAAUAAUUUGGAUGGUGUAAACGACAGCGAUAAAAGCAAGGGAAAGGUCUCGACGAUAUUGAUCCGCACUGCCUCUCAUAAGCGCCGCACUCCACGCACGCCAAGCCUAACGCACGCUGACCGCGUCUACCAGGAAGCGGCGCCGAACGGCGGUGCUAUUGCCAGUCACAGCCGCUCCCCAGCGCCACCACCGAUUGCAUCCUCUGCAUUCACUAAGAUGCUUCCCGGGACGAUUUCUGUCAAACUGGCGUCGCCGACGCCCAUCCCCCCGUCCGGAUUGCGGCCCUUAUCUACCAAAGUUGCGAGCCGCCUACAGCCGACAACCACAGCCUCGGCGGCAUCACCGACGUUUCGCUGCGGGACAAGUCCCAUCGCGGCCGGUCCGACACGCUCGCCCUCGCCUGUCAAUCCCAAGCGUGGUUCAGCAUUGCCCCGCCGCUUCAUCUUUACCGGUCUAAAAGAAACGGAGCCGGAGCGGCUACGUGAAGCCGUAGCUGAUCUUGGUGAAAACGCUGUCGUGCUCAACGGGGACCUUGACGAGGCCCCACCCUUCAGCACAACCCACGUCGUCCUCCGUGGUACCCCGCGCAGUGUGAAGGCGCUGUGUGGGGUUGUCUCAGGUAAGUGGCUUGUACCACCUGAAUAUAUCUACAACAGCCAUGAGGCGGGCUUUUGGUUGGACGAAUACGAAGAAGGUGGCCUCCGCAUCUUCCCACCGCCCUUGAAGUGUCAGCGUUUUUUGCUGACGGUUGAGCACGACGGGAUUCGUGAGAAGCUAGUGCAGGUGAUUGAGUACGGUGGCGGCGAGGUGAUACGUUCCUCCGCAUCACGGCCACCUUCAACUGCAGCAAGUAAACAGUGGAUAGAGAAGGGGGUCGUGGUUAUCGCAUCCGGGGAUGAUUUACUUCGGUACGCUACUCAAAUCCACGCGUGA